AUUUCCAUCAUUAUAUAACUUCUUUUUGUAACGCAUCUUUUGCAUAAGGUACCAAACCACUUCAGAGCAUCUCUAUCACAUUCCCAAUACUUACCCCCCAAAAACAACUUAUUGGGAGGCUCCCAAGAAAAUUCUGUUUAUUAGGAGGCUGUGAACUAGCGGAUCAUCUAAACUUAAUUUCUUUUGCUAGUUCACACCCCCUUUUGCAUGAAAUAUGAAUCUCAACUAUAUUUUCAUAUCAUUGUAGAAAAAAGAAAAGGACAAGGAAAAAGAGAUAAAAGUAACCUUUGGCCAUUUCGCCGAACACCCUGCGACACCGGCCAUGGACACCGCGGGGGGAGGCGUAGAGGGAGCCUCGCCGACGCUCAAGUCCAAGGCAACAAUAGUCGGGAGGUGGCAGUUGCCAGAGCAACAAUAGUUUUAUGAUUAGCAACGUUUGACGUAUCUUUUAGUCAACUGUUACCCGUGCUUGCUUUAGCGUAGCAAUUCGUCUAGCAAAUCAUGUACAUCUGUUAUUAUUUCUCUAUGGUCACUGGCAUUUCAUGGUUCCCGGAGAAUUCAUACACUUGGGAGAAAAGCAUUUUCUCACAGCCAUUUUCUAAUAUCCCAUUCCUUCCCUUCCAUUUUCUAAUAUCCCAUUCCUUCCCUUCCAUUUUCUAAUAUCCCAUUCCUUCCCUUUCAUAAUAGUCGGGAGGUGUAUAAGGUUCGACGUGCUACAAGGUCAUCAGGUGCAGGUGCACAUGAGGUCUCUUUGAUCUCUCGAGUGUUACACUUCCUGAAGCCCCAACCCUGUACUUUCUGAACCCAAGGCCAGGGCUAGGGAUGGAGAGGGUGCCCGCAGUGUUUGUUGACGGGCCCACCACUAAGUGAAAUGUUUGUUGACGGGCCCACCACUAAGUGAAAUCUUCUAUGCUUAGAAACGAAACUGUUGACGAGAGUCGAUGUUCCCCCUCUGCCGUAGCUGGUGUUGCUUGGGCAGAUUUUUGUCUCAUCACAAGGGGGGAAAAUGACACUGAAUCAUCUUUGCAGACUAGCAACACAUUAUGGAUAUGAAGACAGAUAUGAUAAAUAGUGAAAUUCACUCUUCGAUUACAAAUAUUAGUUUGACAGAUCUCUAAUUGACGCGAGAUGAAAGAUUGUACGGCUCAAAUUUAUCGACUAAAACUACAGGGCCUGCUGCUGACUUGCAGUAGGGAACAAGCUCAUCAAAUAAAACCCCUAUCUUAACCUGCGGCUGACUGGCGGUUUAGGAGGAAUUCUCAUCAGUUUAGGAGGAAUUCUCAUAUAUUACAAAAGGUAUAAUUUGACCAACCUAAUACAAGUCAUAUAUUACAAAAAAUAUACUAACAUAAACUUUGGAGUUUUUACUUUCAAAAGGUAUAAUUUUUAUGUUAUAUAGUUUAUAUUAGGGUGAUAAAAUUGGCAAUCUAGAUAUACGCGCAAGACUUGUAAACUGAAACGGAGGUAGUACAAUGAAGCCUUGUCAUUCCAGUCACAGGAAGAUUGAUGGGAAAGUGUGCAAAAAGGAAAAGAAUUAUCUGAGAGUAGGGAUGAAAAUGGAGCGGAAACUUUCCGUUUUUCCGGAGGAAAAAUGGAAACGGAGAGGAAAUAUGAAAACGGAAACGGAAAUUUGCAAAACGAAAGUGGAAAUGGAAUUUUUUUAUGCGGAAACGGAAACAAAAACGGAACGAUGUUUUCCAGUGGAACAUGCAUGGAAAUGGAACUUUCCGUUUCCGUGAAUAUGGAAUUUCUGUUUUUACUAUCUCUACUCCUAAUGGAGCAGUUGGUAGUCUCUGCCGGUCAAUUUUCGUCCCACCUUCCCUGGUUUUUUUUGGUACUUCGUCCCACCUCCGGCUUUCCACCGUUCCCCCGCAUCUUACCUCCCAACCAAUAAAAAAAACGUCAAGAUACAACUACGCCCAUUCUGAACCGCGCCGGUUCACAGCUAGAAAAAACCCCUACAACGAUCAAUCACGGUUAACCUACGAAAUGACGGGCUGAUCGAUCUGAUCGUCUUGACCUCGAUCCCAUUGCGAGCCGCGGUCAUUCGUCCCCGCCCCUCAAACCCUUGGCCGCCGUCACAAACCCUGAAACCCUUGUCCGCCGCCACAAGCGCUCAUACCGUAGGUCUCUUUCACAGCGUGCAGUCUUAUCCCGGCGACGACGCCGUCCGGGUGCAAAGACAGGCUCACGUCCCCGAUCCGUCGCUCUUCAGCGGACAUGCGUGCGAUCCAGUCGCCGCCGGAGUGGCGAUUGCAAAAUCAGGUGUCAGGUGUGGCAUACAUAUUCCUACCUUUACAAUUACUACUCUUACAAAUCUGCAUCUCUGAUCGGUUCCGUGGAUCCAGUCGCCGCCGGAGUGGCGAUUGCAAAAUCAGGUGUCAGGUGUGGCGUUUACAUAUUCCUACCUUUACAACUACUACUCUUACAAAUCUGCAUCUCUGAUCGGUUCCGUGGUCGUACUGGCAUUGUGAUCUCGGUUCAACAUCCUCAACUGUGCCAUACCUCUUGCUCUCAUUUUAUCAGCCCUAAAUUGAAUCAUCUCAUUGCAAGGAACUCAGUUUUCGUGCACAUAACUGACAGGAGUUUGGGCCUGGUGCCGGCCCCAGGGUGGGGUGUCAUCAGCAGCAGCAUCUGGAGGUUAGUUGACACAAACAUAAGGUAGGUAAGAGGCUUGACUCUAAUUGGUGACAUGCAAAAGUUAAGGUUUCUAUGCCAACAGGAAAUAGUCAGAUGGUUGAAAAUGAUUGAGUGCAGGUAGAUGCUGGAUGAACAAAAUCGUUCAGAGUGGGAAAUAAUGUCAUCCUUCCAUAUGAACCACCGUUUUGAAUGGGAAAUGUUUGUCACUAAUUGACAGCCAUACCUGUUUAUCACUAUUUGACAGCCCCAAAUGCUUGCAGGUGGUGAAUCAUCAAGUGGCAACAGGCAUCGGUGACGGUGUCAUCGAGUUUGCAUCUCACAACUGCAGAGGAUCUCCAUUUUCCAUCCUCGAAACAGCAUCACAUGCAAAAAGUGUCACAAACAUAAGUCCUUACAAGAUGUACAAUAGUUGAAGAUAACAAUGCAAGCAUCUUACCCAUAGCGGAGACUGGUGUGGACAAUUCAGCUACUGUUACAGAUGGAGAGCAUAAAGAGGAUUCAUUCACAGCUCCGAAUACCAAUGCUUUGGAUUUUAGUUUAGAUGAAUAUGGUGGAACAAGUUCACCACGGAUUAAAGACCUUCAUGAUGGUUCGUUGUUGGGUUCCAACCAUCUAAUUCUUGAUAGUCACCCUACUAUUGGUCAUUUUCAUUAACAACAUGUGCCUAUGCUGCAUAUAUUGGUGUUCUACAGAGGGUGAACCUCCAGACGAAUAUAUCAACGGUGGGACAAAUCUAUCAGACGAAAUCAGAUGCGGGAAUCAAAGUCAUAUAUCAAAGGAACCUGACAACACACAAAUGCUUUCAGCUAAGGAUAUAAAAAAAUCCAAGAUGUCGUGUUACAAAUAGAGGAUCAACAGCGCUGCUUGUCGAAAUCUGACCCUAAGGAACUUAACAAAGCCUUGAGGCGGGAAACUUAUCGCAUUAGCAAAAAACAGGGUUUGAAAAUACAACAAGUCGAUGGCCACAUCGUUCAACGUCGUGCCCUAGGUGAUAUCACGAAUGUUCGUCAACCUAAGCUUGUGACAUCAGAUGACUUCAAUGUCACAAAAGAUAAUGCUGCACUAAUGGAAGAAGAACGCAAAAGAGCCCAUAGAAACGCCCUGAGGAGAGCUUCUUAUCGUAGGAAAAAAGAACUUGCUCUUGAAGAAGAUAAACUCCACGCCAUUAAUUUGUCUGACAACGCAACUAGCUCUGCCUAUACAACAUUAUUAUCGCAUCCUGAUUCAGCAUAUACUGCUACAUCGACAGAGACAUAUGGUCUGGUUAACGACAAUGAUCAAAAUGACAUUGACGAGAAUAUACUUGAAGAAACAUGUCUGGUAACCGAGGAAGAUCGCAAAAGAGAUCAUAUAAAUGCACUUAGGAGGGCAGCUUAUCGGAGGAGAAAGGAUAAGUUAGAAUCAAGUGAAAAUCUACGGAUGCUAUAUAAUUCAGACACAUUCCACGAUGAUGCAACAUUACCCCCUCCGUCAUUAGACGCCUCCGGUGUUACCCAUGACAACGAGGGAUCUAAGAGGAUACAGAGAAACUCUCGUAGCCGAGCAUUUUAUCACAAGAAAAAUGAGGAACUAACGGUUGAUGAUAGAGAUGAUUUGAAUGAAAAGAUACGAGGGAAGCGCGUGCAGCGCCGCAAAAGCAGGUCGGAUAUUGAGAAGGGGCAGUCAAGUGCUCAAAGGAAGGCCUGUUAUGCUAAAAGGAAAAAUACCCCGUGCAAAGAAUCUCUCGCACUCCCUCGUCCAGACAUUACUAACUCAACAGCUGAUAGUCUCGCAAUCCCCCUCUCUCGGGCUGCCGACGAUGGUUCAUCGGAUGGCGACCCUCCCCCGGUCAUGCCGAAUUACGGUGUUUGCACCCCUGACGACAUCAAUGUGUUCCCAGAGCCCAUCAUGGGCGAUGAGCCGACACCAGCCGAAAUGAUGGAUGAGGAGUACUACUUGUAUCGUGACCAAGGAUCCGAUAAUGAUGCAUUCGAGGAUGACGAGGAAGCUAGCAUGACGUCUUUUAUAUCUGGCGAGGUUGAUCCAUUAGACUGUGUGUACACAAACAUACCAGACCACACCCACAUCCUGAAGCUCGACACAAACUGCAAACACUGCAAGGCCAUAAAGUUUGUUUCUGAGACUGACGGAUUCUGCUGUCGCAAUGGACAGAUCAAGCUUAAACAACCGGAACCAAUCCCAGAGCUUAUGAGGCUAUGGUCCAGCAUGGAUGCUGAUUCCAGACAUUUUCGUGAGAACAUACGGUUCUUCAAUGGGCAUUUCGCCUUCACAACCCUUGGCGUCAGCCUUGAUGAGAACUACACGAACAUGAAGUCUGGGGUAUACACAUUCCGGGUACACGGAACCAUCUAUCACAAUGUGCAUUCGUUCGGGCCUAGCUCACGUCCAGAACAUCUGCAGUUGUACUUCUAUGAUGACGACCCAACCAUAACCCAUCGUAAGGCGGCCACAAAUCAAUUAGAUCAAGAGGUCGUGAAGAAGUUAGUAGACAUACUUAAAGAGAACCCUUACUCCCAGCAAUUUAGGAGUUUGGGUGCACACAAGGGGAACCUUGAUGAUUAUAGGAUAGACCUAAACACCGAUAAGAGGCUUGAUCAAAGAAAAUAUAAUAGACCUUUGUCAUCUGAGGUUGCUGCAAUUUGGGUUGAGGGCAGCGAACUGGCAAAAAGGUUUGACCGUAGGAUAACACUUUAUGGUAACAACAACGAAAGGCAUAGCAUACGCGUGUCAUCCGGAGCAUAUGACCCGUUGUCUUAUCCCCUAUUCUAUCCAAGGGGCGAACUAGGUUGGCAUCCGAAACUACCUAAACGUAAUGUUCCUUGGGAGGCUGUACUACAUCCUCAACUUGUCCAAGAUGAUGAUGAGGAUGCAGAGGGAAAUAACAGGUUGUGCGUCUCCGUCAGAGACUACUACUGUUAUAUGCUGCAGACACAGCCUGCAAUCUUCAAUCCCAUACUCUGUGGAGCACGACUGCUGCAACAAUGGGCUGUUGACAUGUACGUUAAGAUUGAGAGCUGUCGAUUGAGGUGGUACAGGAAGAACCAGACGCAGAUUCGUGCUGACUUGUAUAAAGGUGUGGUUGAUGCCAUCACUUCAGGGGAGACACGGGCAAGCGCUGUUGGGGUUAGAAUAGUGCUCCCUGGUACAUACCCUGGUGGCGACCGCGACAUGAAGAAGAGACAUAUGGAUGCCAUGGCAAUUGUCCAUACAUACGGGAAGCCAGACAUCUUCCUCACCAUGACUUGCAAUCCUAAAUGGGACGAGAUAACAAACGAGUUGCUGCCUGGUCAGACGGCGCAAGACCGACCUGAUAUUGUGGCUCGUGUGUUCUAUGGCAAACUAGAGCACAUGAAGUACAUGUUGUUCAAGAAGCAUAUCCUGGGUGUUGUAGUUGCUUACGUAUACGUAGUCGAGUUCCAAAAAAGGGGCCUCCCCACCCACAUUUUUUGUUGA